CGCGCCGCUGCGGCUGCGGGCAGCGACGGCUGCACCAUGGGCCGCCUGCUCUGGGCCGCCCGGCCGGCCGCGCUGCUGCUGCUGCUGCUGCUGCUGCUGCUGGCCGGGGAGAUGUGGCAAGGCCCCAGAGAAAGCAGACUGUCACGGAGCAGCGUGGUGCAGCUCAGAAGCUUCUAGAAGCCUCUUCACGGGAGGCAGGAGUAGAGGCCGGUGCACCGUUGGGGAGCUGUGCGACAGGCUCAGAGGAGUCCAGCCCCGAGGGCCUCACCUCCACCUCCCUGCUGGACCUCUUGCUACCCACCAGCCUAGAGCCCCUGGACUCAGAGGAGCCCAGUGAGGCCAUGGGGCUGGGUGCCGGCCUGGGGGCCCCUGGCUCAGGCUUCCCCAGCGAAGACAGCGAGGAGUCCCGCAUCCUGCAGCCACCGCAGUACUUCUGGGAAGAGGAGGACGAGCUGAACGGCUCCAGUCUGGACCUGGGACCCACUGCAGACUACGUUUUUCCAGACUUAACGGAGAAGGCAGACUCCCUGGACGAUGCCAACCCUGGCCAAGAGCUGCUCAGCCUCGCCUCACCCCUGCCUAAGAUGAGUCUGGUGGAGCCUCCCUGGCGCAUGGCUCCAGAAGAGGAGGAGGAAGAGGAGGAGGAGAUGGAGAAGGAGGAGGCAGAGAGGGAGGAGGAGGAGGAAGAGGAGGAGAGGGAGAAGGAGGAGACAGAAAAGGAAAUAGAGGAGGAGGAGAAAGAGGAGGAAGAGCUGCUCCCCGUGGAUGGGGAAGCCCAAACUCAGCUCCACCACGCUUCUCCCACCAGUACCAGCCAGCUCCCUGAGACCCCUCAACACAGGCCUGAGGAUUCUGGGGACCAGGCCUCUUCAGGUGUGGAGGUGGGGAGCAGCAUGGAGCCGAGCCUGCCCCCACCCUCAGCACCCCCAAGCACAGUGGCCCCAGGGGCUCAGGACUUCUCUGGCCAGAAGGCAACAGGGGCCACCAUGCUGCCAGCAUCCGGGCAAGGGCGUGAGCAGGAGGCCCCCCCGGAGGAGAGCCAGGGGGCCACCGCAGAAACAGCUGGGCUGCCCGAUCAGCCAGGAGAGGCGGUGUCCUCAGCUGUUCCUCCUCCUACGGGAGGCCCUGGUGGGGCGGAAGUCCCAGGAGAAGACCCCCUUUAUCCCAGAGCCUCAGCCUCAGCCUCAUCUCCCCUGCCCCCCCGAGACUUGGAACUGACAGCGCCCUCUGCUACCUGGGUUGAAGGCCUGGGCCAGCAGCCCGAGGAGGGGCAGGCCGCAGAAGCUCAGUCCAGAAUGCCCUGGGACUCUACCCAGGUGAUCUGCAAAGACUGGAGCAACCUGGCCGGGAAAAACUACAUCAUCCUCAACAUGACAGAGAACAUAGACUGCGAGGUGUUCCGGCAGCACCGCGGCCUGCAGCUGCUGGCCCUGGUGGAGGAGGCACUGCCCCGCCACGGCAGCGGCCACCACGGGGACUGGCACAUCUCCCUGAGCAAGCCCAGCGAGAAGGAGCAGCACCUGCUGAUGACGCUGGUGGGCGAGCAGGGGGUGGUGCCCACUCAGGACGUGCUCUCCAUGCUGGGUGACAUCCGCCGGAGCCUGGUGGAGAUCGGCAUCCAGAACUACUCCAUGACCAGCAGCUGCCAGGCCCGGGCCAGCCAGGUGCGCAGUGACUACGGGACGCUGUUCGUGGUGCUGGUGGUCAUCGGCGCCAUCUGCGUCAUCAUCAUCGCUCUGGGCCUGCUCUACAACUGCUGGCAGCGCCGCCUGCCUAAGCUCAAGCACGUGUCGCACGGCGAGGAGCUGCGCUUCGUGGAGAACGGCUGCCACGACAACCCCACGCUGGACGUGGCCAGCGACAGCCAGUCGGAGGCGCCGGAGAAGCAGCCCAGCCUGAACGGCGGCGGCGCGGUCAACGGCCCGGGGGGCUGGGGCGCGCUCGUGGGGGGCAAGCGGGACGCCGAGGACUCGGACGUGUUCGAGGAGGACACGCACCUGUGACGCGGGGCCCGCGCCCCUGCAUUAAAGCCGCCCGAGCCGGGCCCUGCGCGCC